GCUGGAGAUGCCCCAGUCGGCAAUCCAGCCGGCAAAGCUGCAAGCGUCAUGCGCGAAAUUCCAGCUGUCGGCGUAGUUCUUCUCAUGAGUGCAAUAAAUGCUGUCAGCUAUGGCACUUUGCUAUUCGGAAUGCCGGCAUCGCCAAGUGGCAGUGCUGCUGUCGUUCCCAGUGGCAUAAGUGUGUGGCUUCUGAGUCAAGUUGGCGCUCAGGUGGGCAUAUUGCUUUUUUCGGACAUUCAAUCGGGCAUUUGUUGCCCGAUGGUUGAGAUGAUUCCGAUCUUCCACGGCAUGUUUCUGACAGUAGCCUCCAGGAUGCCAGACACACUUCCAGAAGAGGUUCAAGCCACUUGUGUUGCGAGUUGUUUUGUGUGCACAACCAGUAUUGGCUUGAUUCUAUUGCUUGGGGCACGGUUUGGCCUGGCAAAGUACCUCCGAGCUGUGCCAUUGAUUGUUUUGAAAGGCGCCUUGUUUGGAGUCGCCUUAUUCCUGAUAUCCAGUUCAUUGGCCGUGUCUGCAAGUGAUUCCAGGAUCCCAAACUCAACGGCUUGGCACCAUUGUCUCCCUGCUGCUAUGCUUGGUCUGCUACUAUUCGUUUUGGAUGAAGCUAUACAUUCACCAGCCGCAAUUGCCUUGAGCUUGUUCGCGAUUGGCCUUGCACCUACAGUUCUGGACUCCUUGGGAAUUUGCACGUUGUCAGACCUCCAGCAGAACGGAUGGGUUUUUCAUGCCGAUGCCGGAUCUUCUCAAGCAGACUCUGGGGCUUGGUAUACGGAGUUGGUAAAUGCGUACGCAUCAUCUUAUGACUUCAUCCACUGGCAUGUGAUCAUGGAGCUCGUGCCAACGAUGAUGGGCAUCGCCGCUUCAGCUUCGUUGCUGAUGUUGCUUGGCUUGAUGGUUGGAAUUUGUUGGGUUCGGAGGCUGAUGGACCUGAAGGCUGUGGAGCUCCUCACGGAGCGUGAGUUUAGCUUGGACAAGGAGCUCCGCAGCAUUGGUGUUGGCAAUCUGCUAAGUGUUGUGGUCGGGGGUGGGUGGCCUUGUUACAUUCUUUGCUCGCUGAACGUGACCUGCCACCGUCUGGGUGGCCGUACGAGGUUUGUCGGUCUCUUCCUGACAUUUGGCGCGGUCCUAUGUCUCUUCCUCGUGUCGAAAUUCCUUCAUCGUCUCCCGCCAAUCCUGCCUGGGAGCCUCUUCAUGUGGCUUGGCCUCGUUUUCGUUAAGGAAACAAUUGUCGACAUAUGCUCCAAGCACACGCACAAAUCCGAUGUUUUCAUUGUGGCUGUGAUGGCCUUCAUGGUGAAGUUUUAUGGCUUCAACGAUGCGCUUCUCGUGGGGACACUGCUGGCCAUGAGUUUCUUCACGGUUCGCUACAGCGGCUCGCAGGUAGGAAUCCGCACCUCCGGAGAUGCUCGCUUUUAUCGAGCCAUUUGUACGCGAGGCUUUGACGAGCACUCGGCACUGGAAGAGUUGGGGCACCUGAUCGAAGUUGUGCAUGUCAGUGGUUUCCUCAUGUUUGCUUCAACUCCAGCUUUUACGGAUGCACUACGAGAGCUCAUGGAUGCGGCCGAAGGUCCCAUGUGGAUCCUGCUGAACUGCCAGGAUCUUCAGGGUUUAGAUUAUUCAGCGGCGUUGGAGAUGGCAACCUUGGGCCGCAAAGCCAAGGAGAGCCAGAAGCGCUUGGUCAUCACUGAGCUCACAGCUUGUGUCCAGAAAGUCCUGCAGCAAGCUCACGUAGAACUCAAAGCUUUGCCUGCUGGCAGCAGUGUUCCGUCCGGCUUCUUUUAUGAGCCUCAUUACCAGCGCGCCCUGCAGCGCUGCGAAGAUGGUGUGCUGGCUCGCAUAGGCCUGCGUCUAUUGAGCAAGUCGCAAGCAUUGCUUGGGUCUGAGGAAGCCUUCAUGCGCGAGGUGCUGAAGCGGUACUUUGGUGAUUUCUUGCCAGAAGACAUCUCGCAAGACUUUGCCUUGGAAAAAGUCUUGGGUCUUUUCGAGAAGACCAUCGUGAAGCCAGGUACCGUCCUGUGGCGCGCAGGUGAGGAGUGCAUGAAGUGUGCUUGCGUUGUGGAGGGCACGCUUCAUGCUUAUGCUCAUCGAAGCCGGGCAAAUAGAGACAGGACCCCCGCACUUGGAGAAGCGGAGCUUGGGAAGGGCGACCGGCUGGUUUGCAUUGCAGGCCCUGGAGAUUUCAUCGGUUUCCUAGCGAUGGUCAAUCAUUUCCCGUACGAGCACACAGCCAUCGCGCCUAGCGAAGAAGAUGAAUCCGAAUCAACGACGCUCUUGGUGCUGGAGAAGAGUAGGUACCAGGAGCUGUUGACGUCAGAUCCGCCUUUAGGUCAAGCCUUGGUGCGCGGUUUCUUGAGGCAAAUCAGCUACGAGUGGCGAGAGCUUUCACGCUUGACCGCCAGUUGA